AUGUCUGUAAAAGCCAAGGUAUCGAAUUCUCAACUUUUUCGUGCCACCCCUCCCCGACUGAGGGUGGACUUCGCCAUCGCUAUGAUGUGUAUUUUUACUGAUUUCCUCGGCGACAAUCUCUUGGCCCCGGGCUAUGAACUCUUCAUUAGAGAGAAUGGUGUACCAGGCAUGGGCUUUGGCCUUGCUGUGUCGAUCAUCACCAUGUCGUACAUAGUGGGAAGAUGCUUCGCUUCCACUCUGAUGGGGCCCAUUUCUGAUCACACUGGUCGUUGGAAUACCUUAAUGAUAUGCACGCUGCUCCAGGCGGUUGGAUUCCUCUUGCAGGCGCUGUCUUGGAGUUUCUGGUCCCUCGUAGGCUUUCGCUUUUUUACCGGCUUCGUCGGUGGGACCAGGGUCAUCAUUAUUGUGUAA